GUUGCGAAAGGUUCGUUCGUGUUUGCGCUGCGUGGCCGUGUGUGUGACAAAGCAGAGCAGUGAAAAAAAAAACAGAGCCACCAAAUAGAAUAGCAGAUUUUUCUUCAGCAAAUACAUACACAAAAGGCAUUUAAAAUUCAAAUUUGUGAUUGAAAAUGCACAAUUGCACGCUGAAGAGUUAAAUUGCAAUAGUGAAAAGCUGGAAAAGCUGCAGGCCAGCCAGCAAAAAUGUAAUUUACUGCAAGGAAAUGUUGCCCUAAUUUAAGCCAAGGCGCAGCUGAAAAUUUUUCCUGCAGCAAGUACUGAAAAUUUAUAGGCAAGAAAACCCAAAGAAAUUGUGUCACAAAUAAGUGAAAUUAAUAAAAACAAAAGUUAAUAUCAGUAUUCUUAUAUAGUAAAAGAAGCAACGAAAAAAUGUCUAAAGUGGAAAAAUUUGCUUUGUAUUAAGAAUAUUGGCAAAGAGUUAAAACAAUUAACAUUGAAAUAGAGUUAAAAUGAAACAUCAAAAAUAAUGAAAAUUUAAAUGUGAAAUUUUCAACAAAAAAAUAAGCAUACGAUAUUUAAUUACGCACAAGUAAAUUGCUGUAUAGUAACAAAAACUAAACCAAUAGUAAGUGUUAACAAAAACAAAGGAAAAUAGCAAUAACAGUUACAAGGCAGAAAAAAACCAUCACACACAAAUUAUAAAAAAAAAGUUAUUAUAUAACCACGCGUAUAAAGUAAACUCGCGCUUGUCGUUUGAACAAAUUCUAAACAUCAAAUAUACUACUUGUUAAAUACUACAGCUAAAUACUAUGUGCUACAACUACUACUACUAUUACUAAAACUAUCUGCAGCUACAAAAAAAAAUAAUACAUAUAUAAACAUACUUGUAUACUAUUUAAUAACCAAGUUAUUACAACUUAUCGUACUGAGUAAACGUCGCGUGUUCAUUAGCUAUCAGUGGAAUAACAUCGUUUAUUUACGAAUAUCAAUUGCAUUUCUAAAUUAACGAACUGAAUUGAACUGAAAGAGCUCGCUGUUAACAAUGCUGUAAAUUGAACGUGAAUUGCUAUAGAUUUGCGCAGGCGCGCAAUCUCCACCAAAACACCGCUUCUGCUGAAACAUGCAAAAUUUCAUGGUGUGAAUGUUGGCAACGCUGGCGUGCCUCGGUGGUUUUGCCUGUAUUAGGACUAGGGGAUGUCGGGGUGUGACCAAAGCACUGUCGAAUCAUUGGCCGAAGAUCCAACAGAUUCACCAUUCGUUGCCGAUGAGUGUCUCAAAGUACGCAAGUAUUGGUGUUUUUUGCUCUCGAGCAUUUUUACCUUCCUUGCUGGCCUAUUUAUUGUGCUACUAUGGCGGGCUUUUGCAUUCAUUUGCUGUCGCAAAGAGCCCGAUCUGGGACCAAACGAUCCCAAGCAGAAGGAGCAGAAGGCGUCACGCAACAAACAAGAGUUCGAGGGUACCUUUAUGACAGAAGCCAAAGACUGGGCUGGAGAGCUUAUAUCGGGACAAACAACAACAGGACGAAUUUUGGUCGUGCUUGUAUUUAUACUCAGCAUUGCAUCACUCAUUAUUUACUUCGUGGAUGCAUCUAGCGAAGAAGUCGAAAGAUGUCAAAAAUGGAGUAAUAACAUUACUCAACAAAUCGAUCUCGCAUUCAAUAUAUUUUUUAUGGUUUACUUUUUUAUACGAUUCAUAGCGGCGUCCGAUAAACUUUGGUUUAUGUUAGAAAUGUACAGUUUUGUAGAUUAUUUUACAAUACCCCCGUCCUUUGUAUCAAUAUAUUUAGAUCGGACAUGGAUCGGUCUUCGAUUUCUUCGCGCGUUACGUCUCAUGACUGUACCGGAUAUUUUACAAUAUUUAAACGUUCUAAAAACAUCGAGCUCGAUACGCUUGGCUCAACUAGUAUCAAUUUUUAUAUCUGUAUGGUUAACAGCGGCGGGCAUAAUUCAUCUGCUGGAGAACUCUGGCGAUCCGCUGGAUUUUAAUAAUGCUCAUCGAUUAUCCUAUUGGACCUGUGUCUAUUUCCUAAUUGUGACCAUGUCAACGGUAGGAUAUGGUGACGUUUAUUGUGAGACUGUAUUGGGAAGAACAUUCCUUGUGUUCUUUCUACUCGUCGGCUUGGCAAUGUUUGCCAGCAGUAUACCGGAAAUAAUAGAGCUCGUCGGUAGUGGCAAUAAAUACGGCGGCGAACUGAAAAGAGAACAUGGAAAGAGACAUAUUGUCGUUUGCGGACAUAUAACGUACGAGUCGGUGUCGCAUUUCUUAAAGGAUUUCCUGCACGAGGAUCGUGAGGAUGUGGAUGUGGAGGUUGUAUUUUUACAUCGCAAGGAGCCUGAUCUGGAGCUAGAAGGUCUGCUGAAACGUCACUAUACGACAGUGGCGUUUUUUCAGGGCACCAUGAUGAAUGCAGUCGAUUUGGAACGAGUCAAGGUACACGAAGCUGAUGCCUGUUUGGUGCUGGCCAAUAAAUAUUGCCAAGAUCCCGAUGCCGAAGAUGCUGCCAAUAUUAUGCGAGUCAUCUCAAUUAAAAACUACAGCGAAGACAUACGAGUGAUUAUACAACUUAUGCAAUAUCAUAAUAAGGCGUAUUUACUUAACAUACCUUCAUGGGACUGGAAACAGGGUGAUGACGUCAUUUGCUUAGCCGAACUUAAACUUGGUUUUAUAGCGCAGAGUUGUUUGGCGCCAGGCUUCUCAACAAUGAUGGCCAAUUUGUUUGCGAUGCGAUCGUUUAAGACUUCACCAGAUACGCAGGCCUGGCAAAACGAUUAUCUCCAAGGUACCGGGUGUGAGAUGUACACCGAAACCCUCUCACCUUCAUUUACCGGCAUGACAUUCCCACAAGCCAGCGAACUGUGCUUUUCGAAACUGAAACUAUUGCUGGUAGCUAUCGAAAUCAAAGGUGCCGAAGAGGGUGCGGAUAGCAAGAUUUCCAUCAAUCCGCGCAAUGCUAAAAUACAAGCGAACACGCAAGGCUUCUUUAUAGCUCAAAGCGCUGAUGAAGUGAAACGCGCCUGGUUCUACUGCAAGGCCUGCCACGAGGAUAUCAAAGACGAAACGCUAAUCAAGAAGUGUAAAUGCAAAAACUUGACGGUACAGCCAAGGACCAAAUUUGAUGAUUUAGGUGACAUGACACGCGAUAGAGAGGAUGUAAACCUUAUAAAUCGCAAUGGCCGCCGUACGAACGGCACUGGUAACGGUAGUACAGGGAUGCAUAUGAACUCCAUAGCAGCGAAACAAGUUAACAAAGUGAAGCCAACAAUUAACCGACAACAGGUUGAAGGUCAGGUUAUAUCACCCUCACAGUACAAUAGGCCGCCAGAAAACGAUGCUAACCCAUAUGCGGGCUAUCAACUCGCUUACGAAGUUAAAAAGCUCAUGCCAACUAGCCGGAGUUCCGGCACUGGUACACAAAACCAAAAUGGUGGCGUCACACUACCGGCCGGUAUUGCGGAUGAUCAAUCGAAGGAUUUCGAUUUUGAAAAGACCGAAAUGAAGUACGAUUCGACGGGUAUGUUCCACUGGAGUCCGGCUAAGAAUCUAGAAGACUGCAUACUGGAUCGCAAUCAAGCGGCAAUGACCGUUCUAAAUGGUCAUGUUGUCGUAUGCCUUUUUGCCGAUCCAGAUUCGCCGCUAAUCGGAUUGCGCAAUUUGGUGAUGCCACUGCGCGCCUCAAACUUUCACUAUCACGAACUGAAGCAUGUGGUGAUAGUCGGUUCGGUGGACUACAUCCGACGAGAAUGGAAAAUGUUACAGAAUUUGCCAAAGAUAUCGGUGUUGAAUGGUUCGCCGCUGAGUCGCGCCGAUUUGCGUGCCGUUAACGUGAAUCUGUGCGAUAUGUGUUGUAUAUUGUCGGCGAAAGUUCCUAGCAACGACGAUCCGACGCUGGCCGAUAAGGAGGCCAUUCUCGCGUCGCUCAACAUCAAGGCGAUGACCUUUGACGAUACGAUCGGUGUACUGAGUCAACGUGGGCCCGAAUUCGAUAAUCUGAGCGCGACCGCUGGCAGCCCCAUUGUGCUGCAACGGCGCGGCUCCGUUUACGGCGCGAAUGUGCCCAUGAUAACAGAACUGGUCAACGAUAGUAACGUGCAGUUUCUCGAUCAAGACGAUGAUGAUGAUCCGGAUACGGAACUAUAUCUGACGCAGCCGUUCGCCUGCGGUACCGCCUUCGCCGUUAGUGUUCUCGACUCGCUGAUGUCGACGACGUACUUUAAUCAAAACGCUUUAACGUUGAUCCGCUCUCUAAUCACCGGCGGCGCUACACCAGAGCUGGAGCUCAUACUCGCCGAAGGUGCUGGUCUGCGUGGCGGCUAUAGCACCGUGGAUAGUCUUAGCAAUCGUGACAGAUGUCGUGUUGGCCAAAUAUCUCUGUACGACGGACCAUUGGCUCAAUUCGGUGAAUGCGGCAAAUAUGGUGAUCUAUUUGUGGCGGCGCUCAAGUCGUACGGCAUGCUAUGCAUUGGCCUCUACCGAUUUCGGGACACGAGUUCAAGUUGUGAUGCGAGUAGCAAGCGCUAUGUUAUAACGAACCCACCCGAUGAUUUUUCACUACUGCCAACAGAUCAGGUUUUCGUAUUAAUGCAAUUCGAUCCGGGCUUAGAGUAUAAACCGGCCGCUGUGCGUGCGCCAGCUGGCGGUCGUGCUGCCAACACACAAGGCUCCGGGGUCGGUGGGGGUGGUUCAAACAAGGAUGAUAACUCUUGAUUGUUACUGUGUAGCGCCUUAACUGAUGGUCCUUACUCGUACAUUUGAACAAUGGAGCAAACGAUCGGGUACAAAAUAGCGCAUUUCUGGCAAUUAAUAAUCGGCAAAAUAUGGCAAAAAUUUCUAAAGGCAAUGCAAAAUGUAUCAAACAAAAAGUAUUAGAUAACACAACGGAAAGUUCGUGUUCUAAGUAGUAUCGCCAAUGAAAACUGAUUGUGAAUUGGAAAAGAAAAUUACCUAUAUGGAAAAAAUAACAAUUGUAUGUAGUACUUGGCAGACCAAGUAAAUGCGCUAUUUUGUACGUUUAUAUUUGCACAGACAUUCGCACAAGCAAACCUCAAUGGUAUUCUACAUAACAAAAUGAGGAAUGAGACCAAACUACUUAAACAAUUUUAUAUCGAUUUAAAGCAAAUGUCUUUGCAAAUAUAAAAUAAAACUCCAAUAAAAAAAUAUAUACACAAAACUGAUUCACUGGAUCAGUAGAGUAAAAUCCAUCGUUCAAAUGGUUUAAAGAUUGCUUCCCACACCAUUCCGUCAAACUCCUCUAACUUCUUGAUAAAUUUUUCUAAAAUAUAUUUAU